UUUCGCGCCGGAAGCGGAAGCCGCGAGUCUCCAUGGCGGCGGCCACGGCGGGGCCGGUGUUCUGGCGGCGGCUGCUGGGCCUCCUGCCUGGCCGGCCCGGGCUGGCCGCGCUCCUGGGGCGCCUGUCCGACCGCUUCGGCCGGAACCGGGACCGCCGGCGCCGGAGGUCACCAUGGCUGCUGUUGGCUCCUUUGCUGUCCCCAACUGUCCCCCAGGUCACCUCCCCGCCCUGCUGCCUGUGCCCGGAGGGCGUGCACCGGUUCCAGUGGAUCCGAAACCUGGUCCCCGAGUUCGGCGUCUGCAGCUCCCACGUCAGGGUGCUCUCAGCCCCCACCGAGUUUUUUGAGCUCAUGAAGGGGCAGAUCCAAGCAGCCAAGAGGCGGGUCGUGAUGGCGUCUCUCUACCUGGGGACAGGUCCUUUGGAACAGGAACUGGUGGACUGUCUGGAGAGCACGCUGGAAAAGUCACUCCAAGCGAAGUGUCCUUCCGACCUCAAGGUGUCCAUUCUCCUGGACUUCAUGCGGGGUUCCAGAGGCAGGAAGAACUCCCGCACGAUGCUGCUCCCGCUCCUGCAGCGGUUUCCGGAGCAGGUCCGCGUCUCCCUCUUCCACACCCCGAACCUCCGUGGGCUGCUCCGGCUCCUGAUGCCCGAGCGCUUCAACGAGACCAUCGGCCUGCAGCACAUCAAGGUGUACCUCUUCGACGACAGCGUCAUCCUGAGCGGCGCCAACCUGAGUGACUCCUACUUCACCAACCGCCAGGACCGCUACGUGUUCUUGCAGGACUGUCCCGACGUCGCGGACUUCUUCACGGAGCUGGUGGACGCCGUGGGCGACGUGUCCCUGCAGCUGCAGGGCGACGACACCGUGCAGGUGGUGGAGGGCAUGGUGCAUCCUUACAAAGGUGACCGGGCUGCGUACUGCCAGGCCGCCAACGCACGGGUCAUGGGUGUCAUCAACGCGGCCCGGACCCGCCAGCAGAUGCUGCACGCGCAGACCUUCCACGGCGACGCCUCCGGGCCCCAGGAGGACGCCGCGGCCGCUGGCGAUCGCAGGCCCGCGCCAGACACGUGGAUCUACCCGCUGGUCCAGAUGAAGCCCUUUGAGAUCCGGAUCGACGAGGCGGUCACUGCGGCCCUACUGACCGAGGCCGAGUGCGGGGCCAGGGUCUACCUCACCACCGGCUACUUCAACCUGACCCAGGCCUACAUGGACCUGGUCCUGGGCACGCGGGCCGAGUACCAGAUCCUGCUGGCCUCCCCGGAGGUGAACGGCUUCUUCGGGGCCAAGGGGGUGGCGGGCGCCAUCCCGGCCGCCUACGUGCACAUCGAGCGGCAGUUCUACCAGGAGGUGUGCAGCCUGGGGCAGCAGGAGCGGGUGCAGCUGCAGGAGUACUGGCGGCGGGACUGGACCUUCCAUGCCAAAGGCCUCUGGCUGUACCUGGCCGGCAGCGGCCUGCCCUGCCUCACCUUGAUUGGCUCUCCUAAUUUUGGGUACAGGUCGGUGCACCGGGACCUGGAGGCCCAGAUCGCCAUCGUGACGGAGAGCCAGGCCCUGCAGCAGCAGCUGCACCAGGAGCAGGCGCAGCUCUACCUGCGCUCGAGCGUGGUGUCGCCCGCCACCUUCCAGCAGCCCGGUCGGCAGGUGAAGCUGUGGGUGAAGAUGGUGACCCCGCUGAUCAAGAACUUCUUCUGAGGACACAGGGAUGGCCUUGAUGAAGAUGACGGGCAUGGCCGGCGUCAGCUCCUUCAGCCGCGCCUCGGCGAUGACCCCGGUCUGCGUGUCCCAGCGAGCGCCUGCGGGGCAGUGCGGCCGUGAGCCCGGGAGGGCCGGAGGGAGAGCCGCUUGGCUGGCUCCGCCCCAGCGCACAGGCCUGGGCCGGGGCAGGGGCACAGGAAUCGCUGAAGAUGGAGUCGUGAGUGGGACACGUCGGGGCUUGUGUGACCGCCCGCACCCCACGGGGCACCGGGCCCAGCUCGCCGCCGCGCUCCACCCGUUCACACGGGAUGUUCUGGAGCUGCUUCCACAGGCGGCCAUUGCUCUGCCCGCCCGCCCCCGCCCUCGCCCCCGCCCCGCAUCCGCCUGCAACUGCUGCCUCCAUCCAGGCCGCUGGUGUUUCCUCCCUGUUCAGUGAUGUUUAUCUUCCCAUCUGUGAUCCCAAAAUAAACGUGGAGAUGGCUGCUGA